GCCUCUGACGUCACGUUCAUCGCUUUGUCUCGAGCUGCGUCGGGUGGACGUUGAGAGUCAGCUCAGCAUAACGGCACAAAACAACCGACCACUAAAACCUCAAAUUACGUUAUUUAUCUCAGAAAGAGCAGUCAUGCCGUCCGACAGACCUUUCAAACAACGACGGACAUUCGCUGAUCGAUGCAAGGAGGUACAGCAGAUUCGCGAACAGCAUCCUACUAAAAUUCCGGUUAUCAUUGAGCGAUAUAAGGGAGAGAAGCAGCUUCCUGUUUUGGACAAGACCAAGUUUCUAGUACCCGAUCAUGUCAACAUGAGCGAACUGGUGAAAAUUAUCAGGCGCCGACUCCAGCUGAACCCCACCCAGGCCUUCUUCCUGCUGGUUAACCAGCACAGCAUGGUGAGUGUGUCCACCCCCAUCUCUGAGAUCUAUGAGCAGGAGCGGGACGAGGAUGGCUUCCUCUACAUGGUCUACGCUUCCCAGGAGACCUUUGGCUGCUAAGCCAGCUUCGGCCGAGAGGGGAAGACGAGGUGGUCCGAGAGAGAGUCUGCUACUCGUUUGCGCUCUCCUUCCCUCUCUCAUAUCUAGCUUUCCUCCUGCUGUCAUGAAACUGACACUACCAUGAUCGCCGUGCGUAUGUAUGUGUGGGUGGGUGGGACGCGAGUGUGCGUUCGACUGUACCCACUAGUCUGUCUCCGUUGACCUCUUUUGCAACCCGGUCCUCUCGUUCCAUGUAGUGACACGAGCCUGUGUGUGUGUGUGUGUGUGUGUGUGUAAGGAGUCGUUCUCACUUUCAGAUCGGGCACAGUUCCUUUCACAGUUUUGUUUUCACAUCCUCUGGUUUUGUUGGUUAUACGACAGCCAGAGUGUAAAAUAAUCAACACUUUUGUCUCGUUGUAAAUAGGCAGGUGGCGGUUAGAUCCUUUUAUAAAGAUGAGUCUGUAGUCUUAGGCAUUAUUACAUUUUCACGCUUGCUUCUGCUAAUUGUUUAUGAUGCUGGUGUGAUAUUUUAAGUUUUUUCAAAAUAAAACCGUGAACAAAGCGUUAGAGAAUUCUGUUCAACGUUCCUUGCCUCGUGUACAGCAACGUCAUGACCCUACUAACAGGCUUAAAAAAACAUGAAAAGCUUACUAAUGCAUUUGUCAGUUGUGGCAAAAAUAACGCCCCACCUAGACUCACCGUGUUGUGAUGCCCGUGACACAUGUAGAGGUGACACAUGUAGAUAUUUUAGACAGUUAUGGUAGAAUGGAGAUGGGGGACAAUGGUUUGUUUGUAGGUUUGAUGCAGCUCCGCUGUCUCCGUUGGCCUAAUCUGGGGUUUGAACACUUUGUUUGUUUUUUUGUGUUGGUCUUUGCUGCUACCAUGUCCUAUAAUGGUGGCAACACCUAAAAACCGCUGUAGCAUUCAGUAUGGUGUAUGAAUAUGGUGUGUGUGUGUGUCUGUGUGUUCUGCUCCAGUGUAACAACAGGCUGUACUGUACAGACAGGGAAAACACUACAGUGAAAGACACUGCUAGAAAUGUAGAGAUGAAUCUGCUUCUUUUGCACAAAUGAAACAGCUGAAAGGAUCAACUGUCAAAUUUUAAAGCUCCAAUGACUCCAGCAUUAUUAUACAUUUUGUAUCCAGCUUAUUUCCUUUGUCGUUUUGCGACACGUUUGCCUUGUCUGAACAUUAGUGAAGGGUUUAUGUUGCGCUACGUCCUUGCAUGUGUGCCCUUGACCUUUUUUUUAUAUUUUAUGUUACAGAUUUGUUAAUUAUUUUAACUUUAUUUAAAACAAAAAAAGGAAGUCUUUUUAGAUGUUUUCAGACCAACCAAUGAGAAAUAAUAAUAAAAAAAGAAAUAUGUAUGUAUGUUUGAAACAAGUGUGUAUAAAACACCACAUGAUUAAC